UGUCAGUUUCCUUUUGGUCGACCGAAGAAUUUAAGUAAAACAUUCCUAUCAUGAUAUCAACAGAACUACAUUUCUCCUAAGAAGCCAAUCAUCUUAUUGACAAUAGUUGAGUCGCCAUUGCGAAAACGACUGAGAAUCGGGAAGUAAAACAUAAAAAGACAGCUCUUUUUUAAAUUUAUAUUUUUACCUCCCUCAACGGAGUUUAUAUGUCCGAAAACCUUUCUAACAAACCUUACAGAAUUCCAACUCCGGAAUUAGAAAUUCAAAUCUGUGCGCUUCUUGGCCAGAGAGUUGGGCUGUAGAAGUAACAUAGUGUAUGCAAAAGCAUACCUAAUCAGGUUUCAUCGGCGUGUGACCACUCAAUAAGUGGGGGCCCUCCUCUUGGGGCACCCAGUGGUUCCAUUUGGAAUACAUUGUUGCAAGUGCUUGUCUUUCUAAGGAGGCGGACGCCAGGCAAGUGCCUCAGAAAGUCUACGGAGUCACCAUGAACUCAACGAUAUUGGAAGUGUUCCGGGGAGGUCCGGCGGAUCCCGUGCAGCUGCCUUUGUUCGGUUCUCCUCUGCCAGCGAUUGCGAUUACUUUCCUAUAUCUACUACUCGUUCUCAAAGUGGGUCCUGAUUUUAUGGAGUGUCGUAAGCCCUAUAAUGUGCGAACUGCCAUGUUGAUCUAUAAUCUCUGUCAGGUUUUUAUGAACGCUGCCCUUUUUAUUAAGGGCACUGAAUACCUCUUUGUGAGAAAAGCCUAUAACUUCCGCUGCAUGCAUAUGCUUCCCUUGGAUCAUCCCGAAAAGAAUGCCGAUCGGAUGUUCACCUACUUCUUCUUUCUCAACAAGGUGGUGGACCUGGUGGACACUGUAUUUUUUGUGCUGAGGAAGAGCAAUAAGCAGAUCACUGUUCUGCACGUUUAUCAUCAUGGGUUAAUGACCCUGGGAGUGCCCAUAGUAUACUAUUUCUACGGACCCGGAGGGCAGUACAACACCAUGGGCUACCUCAACUCAUUCGUGCACGUGGUCAUGUACUCGUACUACUUUGUUGCCGCUGGGUAUCCGCAAGUGAAAAAGACUUUCUGGUGGAAGCAGUACAUCACCAAGUUGCAGAUCCUUCAGUUCGCCAUCCUCUUCGCCCAAGCCUUCCUGACCAUGUGGCUGAAUCCCGGCUGCACCUUUCCCAGACCCCUUCAGUUCAUGCAGAUUGCCGUUUCCGCCUCCAUGAUGGUCAUGUUCGGCAACUUUUACUAUCAAACAUACCUCAAAGCCAAGAGCAAAAAACAAUGAGUUGUGAACCAAUUAAAUUUCUCUUUUCGAAAUUGA